AUGGGGGAAAUCUACUCGAGCGCCAGGCUAGUCGUUGGCUCUUUGGGCGAUGGCAAGGACCCGAACCUAGGCACGGGCCUUCAGGUGCUCAUCGACGUAUGCAAUGCGUUUGCAAGGGAGAAGGCUGACAUGAUUCAGGAAAUGGCCUUCACUUUGAUUCAUGAUCCGGAGACCUCCUUGGAGUUCGAAACCGCAAUCUGCCACGAGUUUACGCGUGAGAGCGCGCGAGACCCAGUCACCAAAGGGAAAUGGCGAAAGUUCGGACACGCUGCUUCGGAGCAGGCCGUCUAUCACAUUGGCGACAGCUUUGAGUGGUUGAAAUCACUCUCUUACCUCCUCGAAUCGCUGGAACACUGGAUGACAUUCUGCGCCUUGGCAACUUCGGCUUUCUUUUUCCGCGUCUGGAUCGUCCAAGAAAGACAUCUCGCAAAAUCCCUUAUCGUGGUGACCGACGACCGCUGCUCCGACUGGAGGAAACACCGAUACGAAAUACUGGCCAUGGCGCACUGGGAACCAAAGUUGGCUCUCGACGCAAUGUUCACCGCCCAAAACCAAAAUACCAGCUGGCUGGUGCACUCUGUGUCCGGAUUGGAAAAGGAGGCGACGGACAAACGCGACCACGUCUAUGGCCUUUUGACCGUCUCGAAGCUUCCAAUACCGAUCGACUACAAUAAGCCGGUCGGGGAGGUCUUUGCCGCCAUGACGAUGGAGUGUCUCUGGAAAGAUGCUGUCGCCCACCUGGACGACAUCCUCGGCCUGGCCGGCAUAGGCCUGCCGUCCUACACCCCUGACAUGCCGUCGUGGACCCCCUUUCCCCAAAAGAAGACAUUCGCCAAAAUACCUUACAGCAUGUUGAGGAAGGGCCAAAGCGCGUCUUCGGGGCUGUUUGAGCAGGAGCAGAAGUUCGUGUUCGGCCCACAAGACCUCACCAUAACGUUGCGUGGUGUCGUGAUGGUGAGCGUCGUCCGGGAACGGGCCAUCCCGGAUAAUGUCGCCCUUUACGGCCGGCAGGCGAGCCUGGCGUGUGUGGCACGCAACGAAGAGGGCCAACCGAUCAGGCUGGCCAUCCAGUUCGCCGAGGCGCUAGGCCCCUCGAUCCUGGUCGAGAACUGGCUGCCCGAAUACACCGAGGAGGUUGACCUCGAGCUGCUGGGGGAGUAUGCGGGGGUGCGGGGGCACUCCCUGUUUGUGACCCAGGAGGGCUACGUAGGCCGCGGGCCGCGCGGUCUGCUGCCGGGGGACGUCACCGCCGUCCUCGAGGGGUCGCGGAUUACCGCGCUGCUGCGCGAGAACCCGGACGCCGAAAGCUUCCGCCACGUCGGGACGUUUUACGCCUACGGCCUCAAUGACGGCGAGGCACCCAGGUUUUGGAUUGAGCAGGGCUAUACGGAGAUCGCCGAAUUCACCUUAAGGUAG